AUCACCAACCUGAAGCAGCGGGGCAUGCAGUUCAUGGACGUGCCAUCCAGCUACUACCAGAUGCUGCGGGAGAGGCUGAAAACUGCCAAAAUCAAAGUGAAGGAGAACAUCGACAAGCUGGCGGAACUGAAGAUCCUGGUGGAUUUCGACGAGAAAGGAUAUUUGCUCCAGAUCUUCACCAAACCCGUUCAAGACAGACCUACAGUCUUUCUGGAGGUCAUCCAGAGGCAUAACCACCAGGGCUUUGGUGCCGGCAACUUCAAGUCUCUUUUUGAAGCGAUAGAAAUGGAUCAAGAAGCAAGAGGGAACCUGACCAUCCUGGAGCCCAACGGGGAGACCAGGCGCAUCUAG